AUGUCUCCGGCAAACGCGCCCGGCUACGACUUCAACCCCAACCUGCAUGUCCACACCAUCGACCCGCCCGUUCAGAUCGGUCACACUCAUGGCUACGGUCCGGUCUUUGGCGACCCCAAACUUCGACAGGCGGUUGCGAGAGAUAUCAACAGAGUCUACAGAACGCCCGGCAAGGGAGACAAGAACCAGGUCACGGAAGAGAACGUCGGCAUCACUGCCGGCUGCAACCUCGCAUUCACAACCGUCGCCAGCUCGCUCUGCGCUCCGGGAGAUGCGCUCAUCGUCUGCGAUCCUUGGUACUUCAACCAUCAGAUGACCUUGACAGCAUUCGGAAUCCAGAUCGCCGCAGUGCACACCAAGCCGCCAGAAUACUUUCCUGACCUGCAGAUGAUCCGUGCACUGCUCGCGAGCAACAGUCGAACGUCGAACAAGACGAUCAAGGGUGUGGUGUUGGUGACGCCUAAUAAUCCGACCGGUGCAAUCUAUCCUCCUGAUCUCAUCCGCAAGAUUGCCGUGCUGUGUCGAGAGAACCAAGUGGCGCUUAUCCUGGACGAGACCUACCGCGACUUUCUGUUGACAGGCAACGACCUCGACGACGCUCCUCAGCCUUCUGGUUCAGCCGCAACCCCUUCGCUCCCAUACAACUUUGCGCGCCCACACGACCUGUUCGAGGACGCACCUGCAGGGCUCGCCGAGUCGAGCUGGGAUCCACAGUGGGAUUGGCGCAGCACCGUCAUCCAGCUCUUCAGCUUUUCCAAGAGCUACGCCAUCCCAGGCCAUCGCCUCGGCGGCUUCGUAGCACACUCUGCCUUCCUUGAGCAGAAAACCCAGGACGAAUCUGGCGCGGACAAGCUCGUCUUUGGCCCCACAGCCAAAGCACUCGACAAUUUCCAGGUGUCUCCCCCACGUACCGAUACGCAGAGAGCCGUAGCGUGGGCGAUCGAGGAUCCGCAACAACUCGAAUGGCGCAGUCAGGUCGCCAACGAGCUCCGCGUACGCAGGCGUGCCUUCAUUCAGGGUCUCUCGACACCCGUUCCGCCCUUCCUCAAUCAGGACGCCAGUGCACUCGCAGAUUCUUCCCGAGAUCACAGCCCAGCCAAAUCUCCCAAGGACUGGGGAUGGCACGUCGAAUCCGCAGGCGCCUACUACGCCUUCCUUCGCCAUCCGUUCAAGGUUCCGUCGGAGCAAGUGGCUCAAGCGCUCGCCGAGCUAGUCGGCGUCGUGACGCUGCCCGGUGCCUUCUUCAUGCCUGCGGGCUCCGACUCGGUAUCGGAAAUUUCAUCAGGUUCCAGACUACGCGUCUCGGUGGCAAACGUCUCCACGGACAAGUUGGCGAAAUUGCCGGAGAGGUUGGCCAUCUUGAGCGAGUUGUGGGAGAAAAAGGGCGCAGCGGAAUCCCCGGUUGGAUUGCCAACCCACCAACAGUCAAGGUUCGAUGCUGCUACCGCGGUCAAGCGCACAUCAAGUGAUGUACUCAUUCGUUUAAAAUGUGCACGCCUUCGCACAACCCCUCGACUUACUUCGCCGCUAGCUUCCAUUCUCUUACUUAUCAUCAACUCCUAUUUCAGCAAAAGAAUGAAAAUGACUCUAGCCAUCGACACGAGUCGCCGAGCAUCCCCUCUCGCUCCCACCACCGCCAAUCGCAGGCCUGAACAGCCACCCGCCACCUCCAGCACCACUUCGACCGUACCUCACUCAAUCGACACGUCCAACGUCACUCCUUGCACUUGCAGCACCGACAUGUCGACCUUCUGCACGUCUCCACCUUUCUCUGCUUCCCAUCCCACUCAGUCGGAAAACCUCGUCUCAGCGAUCGAUGAGUACCUCGCAGAUCUUCGUCUACCCCUCACCACCACCGCCAAGACAUCACGUCGCCACGUUCCCCUCCAACUAGACCUAGACCAAUCCAAGCUUGCGUUGGUAGAGCAGGCACUUGCUUCCUCACCAGAUGCGCUGAGACGAUCACACCUCCCUCUACCCAUCGAUUUCGCGAACUCGUCCGGUCAAAGGAUGGCAGAAGAGCUCGAGGAUAGAGCGGAAGUGGUUGGAUCGCCGGCAUUCUACCGCUGCUUUCGGAGUGGUGAAGGGGUGAUGGUGAUGGAGGAUGCAGCUGCUUUUCCCUACAGUCCACGUCGGGAGAGUGUGUUGGUUGAAGUGGGAGGUGAUGAUGCUCGUUCCAGGGUGCUGGAAAGAAAUCGUAACGAUGACUCGAAUGGUAUCAUAACAAAGGUAGAGAUGAGCGAAGCAACGAAGCGGGGAAGAGAGAUGGCAGGACUGCCUCGCGUUCGAUUCGGCGCACCAGUAGAGGUGGAGAGCAGUUCGUCGGACGAUAGCUGUGGGGUUGAUGCAAAAUGGCUUCACUCUUCGCCGUCUAGCACAUGCUCUUCGCUUUCCUCUUGUGGCUCAGAGAUCAAGUCGGAAAAGGUGCAGACGAAUAGUCCGGCUUCAGACCCAGCAGGAUUCACGUCGCUCUCGAACAUCGAACGGCCAAGGCGAUCACGCCAACGUAAGCUCGCCAUGGACACUGUCAUUCCAGAGACAAGCGCGAGCUCCUCCCUGCCACCUCGUCAGGUGCAGUCGAUCAAAACGUCACCCACCAGCACGCAAAUCGUCAAAACAGUGCGAAAGCUCAACAAGCUGAAACAACUCCUCGGUGACGAGGUCGGUUGUCACAUCCUGCCUUCUGUCGGAAACACUUCUCUUGGUGUCCACGAAUCACCCGCUGCAAAUCAGGUCAACGUGAUGAAACCGCUUCCUCUGAUACCUCGACGCGGCUCACCACAGCGCAGCAAGACUUCCACUUCGACUUCCACUUCGACUUCCAAGCCUCGAUCGAAAACUUGCUUGCUAUUAGCAACCGCCUCCACGGGUCGACCUUCCACCGCAGCAGGUGCGCCGUGCACGUGUGCAAAGUGUUGUCGGAAGAUGGAUGUGAUCUCGGACAGGAUACUGUCCUCAACGGUGGUGGGGAUGUCUUUGAGAGAUGUUUCUGCAGAACGGGAGAGGAAGGCAAGGGCGGUAGUGGAGCGACGGCCGAACACUUCUGCGUCGGUGUGGGCAAGGUCGGAGUGGAGAGAUGGUAGCUUCUUCGAGAUGUAA